AUGCGCACCAAGAGUGUCUUAAAGGUGCGUUUUGAAAUGACCGACAGCGGCAAGUGCGCAUUCGUGUUGGGCAUCGAGCUGGUGGACAACGACAACGGUAGCGUGACGAUGUGCCAGCGACUCUACGUGAAAUAUGUCCUCAAACGUUUUGGCAUGAGCGACUGCAAAGCCGUCACCAGCCCAACAGACAUCGGUUCUCGACUCAUACCUAGCACCGCAGCAACCAAAAUCGACGCCUCGUUUCGUGAAGCAGUAGGCGCUUUGAUGCACUUGAUGACCGCGACACGACCGGACAUUGCCUUUGCUGUGAGUUACGUUUCGCGCUUCAUGGAAAACCCCCAAGUCGAGCAUUGGAUGGCGGUCAAGCGCAUUUUGCGAUACUUACAAGGGACUAAGUCGCACGGUAUCUGUUUCAAGUCUGAUGACAAGAUAGACUUCUGCGGCUACUCGGAUGCAGACUGGGCCGGCGACCAUGCAGACCGCAAGUCGACUUCGGGAUAUGCGUUCAUCCUGAUGGGUGCUCCGGUGAGCUGGGGAAGCAAAAAGCAGUCAAGUGUGUCGCUGUCAACAAGUGAAGCUGAGUACAUUGCACUAAGUCUGGCGAUUCAAGAAGGCAAGUGGAUGCAUCGAUUGCUGUGCGAGAUUCUGGAUGCCGCAGAGGACAAGUCUGGACCCGAGCUCAAGAUCAUGGAAGAUAACCAAUCGUGCAUCAAGAUGACGAAGAAUCCUGUGAACCAUGGUCGGGCCAAGCACAUCGACAUCAAGUACCAUCACAUUCGUGAUGUAGUCAAGCGUGGUGAUGUCAAGUUGGAGUACUGGGAGACUACGACUAUGUUGGCGGACAUCAUGACGAAGGGACUUCCAGGACCGCGUCACAAGGACUUGACGGUAGCGCUCGGCAUACACGCGUGUUCGCAUUGA